AUGAUUGAAGGUUCAAAUAUCCCAAAGUUAAAGUACACGAUGUUAGGGAUUCAGGUGUCUACUACACAGAUCACACCCCUCGAUGUUUCUGUUAGAGUUUGUGUCCACGCGGGGCUUACGAGUCGGCGGCAGGAAACAGCGAAGGUGGUGGAAAAGUAA